AUUUUGGGGUAAUCUCCGUUCGGAUGCUCAAUAUAACGCCCUGUUGUUUUGCAUUCAAUUGAGAAUUCCUAUACGGUUUUUACCUCUUUUUUCUGGGGCUUGUGCCUUGCUCGUGGUCCUCUGGGUGUUUUUUACUGUUCUCGCUCGUUCUAUUCAUUGCAGUGAAACACUGCAACUUGGAUGUUUGCUAUAUCUUAUUUGGAGCUUUUUGCGGGUCAACUAUUAAUAAGAGCUGGAAGAACAAGAGUUGAGGCUGUGCAAGUUUUUCCGAGGUCUAGUCUUUUUUGUGGUUUUAUCACACUCCAACUGAAAACAUGAACAUGGAAGAGAUGAGGGAGAUUGAGAGAGUUGAGAGACAAGAUUCAGAAGAGAUGAACAAUGAACAAGAGGAGUUGAAGAGAAUAGCUCCCUGGACGAAACAGAUCACCAUUCGAGGACUCAUUGCAAGCCUUCUUAUCGGAAUCAUAUACAGUGUGAUAGUGAUGAAACUCAACCUCACAACAGGGCUAGUCCCCAACCUCAAUGUCUCGGCUGCUCUUCUUGCCUUCAUAUUUAUAAAGUCUUGGACUAAGCUGCUUCAAAAGGCUGGAUUUGUUUCAACUCCAUUCACUCGACAAGAGAAUACCAUAAUUCAGACUUGUGCAGUUGCGUGUUAUAGUAUUGCUGUUGGAGGUGGCUUUGGGUCUUAUCUAUUGGGUUUAAACAGGAAGACAUAUAAACAAGCAGGAGUUGAUACAGAAGGCAACAAUCCUGGGAGCAUCAAGGAACCCGGGCUUGGAUGGAUGAUUGGUUUUCUCUUUGUCAGCUGCUUUGUUGGCCUUUUGGCAUUGGUUCCUUUGCGAAAGAUCAUGAUAGUUGACUACAAAUUGUCCUAUCCAAGUGGAACUGCUACUGCUGUUCUGAUAAAUGGGUUUCAUACUCCUAAAGGGGACAAAAUAGCUAAGAAGCAGGUUCAUGGAUUUCUGAAAUUCUUUUCAUUUAGCUUCCUCUGGGCAUUCUUCCAGUGGUUUUAUGCAGGUGGUGAUAAAUGCGGGUUUGCUCAGUUUCCUACAUUUGGUUUGAAAGCAUGGAAAAACUCGUUUUACUUUGAUUUCAGCAUGACUUACAUAGGUGCAGGAAUGAUAUGUUCACAUCUUGUAAACUUAUCUUUGCUCCUCGGAGCGGUUCUUUCUUGGGGAGUAAUGUGGCCUCUAAUAGGCGGUCUCAAAGGAGAGUGGUUCCCUGCAACUUUACCAGAAAGCAGCAUGAAGAGUCUAAAUGGUUACAAGGUUUUCAUUUCUAUUGCUUUAAUCCUGGGAGAUGGGCUCUACAAUUUUCUGAAGAUACUGUUUUUCACUGCUAGAAGCAUUCAUACCAGAGUGAAAGUUACAAACCUCAAUACAUUUCCGGGUAACCAGAAGCAACAUCAGGUUGAUCUUCAACGAAACGAACUAUUCAUAAGAGAGAACAUUCCAAUUUGGCUUGCAUGUGUAGGGUACACCCUUUUUUCGAUCAUUUCCAUCAUUGUAAUCCCUUUGAUGUUCCCUGAGCUGAAAUGGUACUAUGUAGUUGUUGCUUACAUUCUCGCACCCUCUCUAAGCUUCUGCAAUGCUUAUGGUGCUGGUCUAACUGACAUGAACAUGGCGUAUAAUUAUGGAAAAGUAGCCCUCUUUGUGCUUGCAGCUAUGUCUGGACAGGAAAAUGGUGUGGUUGCAGGACUUAUUGGUUGUGGACUGAUUAAGUCCAUUGUUUCUAUCUCAUCUGAUUUGAUGCACGAUUUUAAGACUGGUCAUUUAACUCUCACUUCUCCAAGAUCCAUGCUGGUCAGCCAGGCAAUUGGAACUGCCAUCGGCUGUGUUGUUGCUCCUCUUACAUUCUUUCUUUUCUACAAGGCUUUUGAUGUGGGGAACCCUGAUGGUGAAUACAAAGCCCCAUAUGCUCUAAUUUAUCGAAACAUGGCGAUUCUAGGUGUUCAAGGCUUCUCGGCACUACCGCACCACUGUUUGCAGCUCUGCUAUGGGUUUUUUGCCUUUGCCAUAGCAACCAACUUGUUGAGAGAUUUUAGUCCCAAAAACAUUGGGAAAUGGGUUCCACUUCCAAUGGCAAUGGCCGUGCCUUUCCUUGUAGGUGCAUACUUUGCCAUCGACAUGUGUGUGGGGAGUUUGGUUGUAUUUGCAUGGAACAAGCUAAAUGGAAAGAAGGCUGGUUUGAUGGUCCCUGCCGUUGCAUCUGGCUUGAUCUGCGGAGAUGGCUUGUGGCUUCUUCCUUCAUCUAUUCUUGCUUUGCUUAAGGUCCGUCCUCCGAUCUGCAUGAACUUCCUCGCAUCGCCAUAGACUUUGUUCAGAGGACAUAUAGGGGUAGAAUGCAGAGGCUUUGUUAGCUACAUUUAACAAAUAUCAAAUGUAGUAUAGUUCGAAAUUCACCACGAAUUACGGGACCAGCACAGUGUUUGAUACACAAGCCGUCUUAAGAGUGGUAAAAGGCAACAUUUGAGACAUAGAUAGCUGGUCUAAUGUAACAUACCUUUUAUUUGAGGCAGGAAUAGUUUUGUUCUGAUGUAAGUAUGCAUUUGAAAAGAAAAUGGUUUAAUAAGAAA